GAGACAAGCCAAGCUUUUUCGCGGCGUUCGCGCCGAUUUUGUGUUCAGGCGAGCAGCAGCAAGGGAAGAGAAUGCCGUCAAGCAUCUUGUGGAAUCGCCGCCUUUUGGCUACUCUUUCAUGGCAAGAAAUAGACGAUCUGAUGCUCACAACCCGCGAGCGGUGGCUUUUGAAAGGUGACUGCAGCCUUGACGACAUAGAAUACCGCAUAAGGCGCGAUCGUGAAAGCGAGCUGCUGCGAUACCGCUCGCGCAACGGACUCCUCGAUGUGGACCAAGUGGAGCCGACGUUGUUUCGACAACAAUUCCGCUUCGAGAAACGAGAUCUGAGUGAACUUGUUCGUCUGCUGCUGAUCCCCGACAAAAUAUGCAGUGCUCAAAAAGUGACGGUGGUCGGCCGUGAUGCACUGUGCCUUUUGCUCCGGCGGCUCGCCUAUCCAAACAGAUGGUGUGACCUGCAAGAAAUAUUUGGGUUGCACACGUCAGUUAUGUCAAGCGUGAGCUCGCAAGUGGUAACGCACAUAACGGCAACGUUCGGACACUUGUUGGAGGACAUGAACAACCACUCCUGGCUAUCUUCAGAAUGCUUGAGGGAUUUCGCAGAUGCUGUGAGAAGAAAAGGUGCAACACUGGACAACUGCUGGGCGUUCAUUGAUGGCACUGCCCGCGCAAUAUGCCGCCCGAAACGGAACCAACAGGCCUAUUUUUCGGGCCACAAAAGGGUACACUGUGUGAAAUAUCAGUCCCUAAUGUGCCCAAAUGGCAUUGUAUGCCAAUUAGAUGGGCACUACCCUGGACGACGGCAUGAUGCAGGAAUCCUUCGAGACAGUGGCCUAUAUGCAAAGUUGGAGCGCCUGGUCAACGGCCAAGACUUUGUAAUAUAUGGCGACCCAGCCUAUCCGCUGCUGCCAUUGAUCAUGAAGCCCUAUACUGCAGCUCAGCCCGAGUCCGUUCUUCUUCCCACGCCAGCCUCCUCUCUUCAAGAGCCAAACGCCUGGCCUCCAUGGCGCACUCCUUUUCUUUCAUGA